AUGCAGCCGACGCCGCCGCCCGGCGGCGCGUACCCCCCCGGGCAUCAUCAACCUCCGCCGCCCGGGUACCAGAUGAUGUACGUGAUGCCGACCGCGAACGGCGGGUAUCAGUACCUACAGCCGGAGCAAACGAUGGGCGGGCAACAACGACAACACCACCAUCACUGGGCGACGGCGGCGCCGCCGCCGGCGCCGUCGGCGCCGGCGUGGGGGCAGCCCGCGGCGAUGCAGUGGGGGUCGCAGAUGGCGACGGCGAACGCGAACGCGAACGCGAACGCGAACGCGAACGCGCCGUCGUCGCGAGGGAAUUGGUACGGCGGCGGACCGCGCCCGCCGCCGCCGCGGGAGACGACGACGACGACGACGACGAGCUGCUACCGAUUCCGCGACGGCAGCGCCGUCGGCGGCGGACCCGUCGCGCCGCCGCCCGCGCCCGCGAGCGCGCCCGCGCCGCCGACGACGACGACGAAACGAAGCGGCGAGGGGAAGGGCGGGGAACCUUCCGGGGACGACGCGCGCGGGGACGGCGACGCCGAUCCGAAUUCGAUCGAUCGCGCGAAAAAAGGCGGCACCCCGGCGUCGGCGCCGCCGCCGCCGCCGCCGGCGGACGCGAAGAAGACGGAACGUCAACCGUCGAAACCAACCGAGAAGGGCGUGACGUUCCCGACCAUCGACGAGAUCCCCGUCGUCAAGCCCGUGGACGUCGCGUCGCUCCCGGAGGACGUGCGCGCGUACCGCGCCGAGCGCGCGAAGAACUGGCCGUCGAGCGCCGCCGUCGACGCCAAGCGGAGACGCGCGGCGGAGAAAGGCGCGUUCAUAUUCACACUGGUCCCCAUACGACCGCCCUCGCGCGGGGAGGCGUGCGACGACGACGGCGGCGCCGACGCGGCGAGGCGAGCGCGGUUGAAGGAGGUGCUCGCCGCGCAGAGGGCGUUGGGGCAUUACGACGCGAGCGAGGAGAUCGGGGACGUCGACGGCGGCGGCGGAGGAGGAGGAGGAAGGGGAAGAGGAGGAGGGGGAAGAGGGAAGGGCGGCGGGAGAGGCAUCAAAGGCAGAGGCAGGAAACGCGGCGCGCGCGACGACGACGACGACGACGACGACGACGGGGGGAAAGCGAAAGCGCCGCGACGGGAAGGAGGAGACGCGCACGACGGCGACGGCGGUGGCGACGGCGGCGAUGGAGACGGUGGGACGGGCGCGAAAACGCCUCGGACCUGUCGGUUUUUUCUACGCGGCCAGUGCAAGUCCGGCGCGAAGUGUCGCUUCUCGCACGAGCGCCCCGAGCGGAAAAACAAACCGGGAAAGGGAGGCCGAGGCCAAGGCGGCGGCGGCGGCGGCGGCGGCGGCGCGCACGGAAACCAACCGCAACGACCGCCGCAGCCGACGCUCCUGAAGAAGCUCUUCGCGAAGGAAGUCCGCGUCUCGCGCUCGCGCCUGCUCCAGGUGUUUCGGUUCCUCGUGAAUAACAACUUUUUGCGCGACGCGGAGAAAGCGGAGACGGAGAAACUGUGGAUGUUUCCGUUCGUCGACGCCGCGCCCGCGGACGUGAAGACGAAGCUGAAGGAGCUCGCGACCGCGCCGGACGUCGAGGAUGACGAGGACAUCGACGACGUCGCGGACGAAGACGUCCCGGACCCGGAGGAACCCGGGCGAGCGUGA